AAUAUCUCAAAUUUGACAUAUCGGUGUUUGAUCGAACUUCAAAAUUUUAGAACGAACUCCGAAGUCAAAGUAGAAAAGUGCAAGAUGUUCGUCAAGUUGUUACUGGUCGUCUCAAUGAUGUUUACCUUCGUUUGCGUACGAAGUAUCGAAAACGAAGUUCAACAUUUAUCAUUGUUCUCCUCUGCUCAUGCCGACUCUAUCACGGAUGCUGAAUCAUUCGUCACCGAUGGACGCUGCGCUCUUCCACCGACCACUCAAGCAAGUAUAAAUAUACCUCUUAAUCAUCAUAAAAUGAUGAAUUCGGAUAUGGCACGCCUCAAGAAAAGAACACCAAGUCACAAGGAACAAGAUCAGCAACAAGAUUUACGACCUGGAUGUUGUGGAUAAACAGUGAAUUAUUCGUCAUCGAUAAAUUUUUUCUCGUGAAUAUUUGUUUUGAAAGUAUUUACGUACAAAUUAUAGAUGGUAUUUAAACGCAUAUUAUGAAUACGUUUCCUCUUUUUGGCUUCUUUCACGGAUAAAGAUAGUAAAUGAAAUAAAAUAAUGGUUAUCAUGCCGCAUAAAGAUAAUUAGGAAAUAUUUCUUUUUGUCAUUCCUAUUUGUCAAUACCACAAAUUCAACAGAUAUUAAUAAGGGUAAAAUAAAAUAAUUCGUAUGGAAAACUUUUAUUAACAUUAUGUACUCGUACAUAAUGACUUACAAGCACUGCGAACGUCAAUUUUUUUUGUUAAGUUAUUUAAACUCAAUAGCAACUAUAAGUAUGCAGUACACCAGUGCAAUAUAUUGCAAAUUAUAUUGUAACUAAAAUUACUAAACCUUCAUCGCAGAAGAUAAGAAGAUAAAAAAAAAAGAUUCACUUUUAUUCUUGGCAUGUCUAUGUAAGAUGUGAUAUAUAAAGAAUGGAAUGCUACUGUGACAUAAACGACAUGCUAUAAUUAAAGUUAUCAAUAUUUAAGCAAAUGCAGUACUUGUUUGUAACAUUGUCUUUGUGCUACUAUAUGAAAAGAUGUAAAAAUUUUUCGUAUCAAAUUUUGCGACAAGUAUCGCUUUUUUUUUCAUUACGUGUUACACCGGGGAAAAAAGAACAUGACAAAUA